GAGGGUCUGCUUUUGCCCAGGCCGCUGGUUUGGGAGCAGUGCAGGGAAGGGCUAUGCGCAGUUCUGCAGCUGUGAGUGGCUCUCAGCAUCAGACCACAGCAGGUGCAGGUUACUCCUCCUCAGGCCAGGGUAACGCUACUCUGGAUGAACAAGAGUCAAAGAAUGGUUUUGUUUGCAUGUUUCUUUAAUUGCUUGUCUCGGUGCAUAAGUCUGGUUCCUUUCAGUCAGUGCAGGCUACCUUGUCGUCGUUGAAGAUGUUAGAUGUGGGAAAGUGGCCGAUCUUCUCCCUUUGUUCUGAGGAAGAGCUGCAGUUGAUUCGCCAGGCUUGUGUCUUCGGCACGGCUGGCAAUGAAGUUUUAUACACUACGGUCAACGAUGAGAUUUUUGUUCUUGGCACAAACUGCAGUGGCUGUCUGGGGGUAGGUGACAUUCAGAGCACUAUUGAGCCUCGGAGACUGGAUUCUUUAACUGGCAAAAAAAUAGCCAGCCUCAGCUAUGGGAGUGGCCCACAUAUCGUCCUUGCAACAACAGAUGGAGAAGUCUUUACCUGGGGUCACAAUGCAUAUAGCCAGCUGGGCAAUGGGACAACGAACCAUGGUCUAGUGCCCUGCCAUAUCUCUACCAAUCUGUCAAACAAGCAAGUCAUCGAGGUCGCCUGUGGGUCUUACCAUUCUUUGGUUCUAACGGCUGAUGGAGAGGUAUUUGCCUGGGGUUAUAACAACUCUGGGCAAGUAGGAUCCGGAUCAACAGCUAACCAGCCCAUUCCUCGAAGAGUCACUGGAUGUCUGCAGAAUAAAGUAGUUAUGAGCAUAGCGUGUGGGCAGAUGUGUUCAAUGGCCGUUGUAGACACCGGAGAGGUCUACGUCUGGGGCUACAACGGGAAUGGGCAGCUGGGCCUCGGCAGCAGUGGCAACCAGCCGACCCCGUGCAGAGUGGCGGCCCUGCAAGGCAUCCGUGUCCAGCGGGUUGCCUGUGGCUACGCACAUACAUUAGUAUUAACAGAUGAAGGUCAAAUAUAUGCUUGGGGUGCAAAUUCUUAUGGCCAGUUGGGCACUGGCAAUAAAAGUAACCAGUCCUAUCCUACCCCUGUUGUUGUGGAAAAGGACAGAAUCAUAGAGAUUGCAGCCUGUCACUCUGCCCACACAUCUGCUGCCAAGAGCCAGGGCGGGCACGUGUACAUGUGGGGCCAAUGCCGGGGCCAGUCGGUGAUCCUUCCACACCUCACCCACUUCUGUUGCACUGAUGACGUGUUUGCCUGCUUUGCCACCCCUGCUGUCACCUGGCGCCUUCUCUCCGUGGAACCCGACGACCACCUCACUGUGGCUGAGUCUCUGAAGAGGGAAUUUGACAACCCUGAUACUGCAGACCUCAAGUUUCUAGUUGAUGGGAAAUAUAUUUAUGCUCACAAAGUCCUUCUCAAAAUUAGGUGUGAACAUUUUCGUUCUUCAUUAGAAGACAGUGAAGACGAUAUUGUAGAAAUGAGUGAAUUUUCGUAUCCUGUCUUCCGAGCUUUCCUGGAGUAUCUGUACACAGAUAACAUCAGCCUAUCUCCUGAGGAGGCAGUAGGAUUGCUAGAUCUGGCUACAUUUUACAGUGAGACUCGGCUGAAAAAGCUCUGUCAACAAACUAUCAAGCAAGGGAUCUGUGAGGAGAAUGCUAUUGCUCUGCUGUCUGCUGCUGUCAAGUACGAUGCUCAGGACUUAGAAGAGUUCUGCUUCAGGUUUUGCAUCAACCAUCUGACCGUAGUCACACAAACGUCAGGCUUUGCAGAAAUGGACCACGAUCUUCUGAAGAACUUUAUCAGCAAAGCCAGCAGAGUUGGAGCCUUUAAGAACUGAUCCCAAACAUGGAAAAGAAUGCUUAAGCCUUCCAUUUCACCCCCGCCCGCAAAGAUGAAUAAAGAAUAAUUACAAAAAAAAGCCACUGACGAACAACUGCUCUGUACUUUAACGGUGUCGAUGAGAACUACAUCUGACCAGGCUCUUGUCUUCUGUCAAAAGGCUGCAGUCAGUUCUCUCUACCUACCUAACCUAGGCACUGAGUGUUACAACUGGGACCGACUCACCACAUACCAAGUGAAAGUGUACCAUCAGCCCUCUGCUAGGGAGUUUCCCUCUCCCGCAGGUGUCAACCGCAAAUCGCUUUUUGGGUGGGUGGUUGGGGACUGUGUUCGCCUCUCUUCUCUGACCAGGGAUCUGUCUGGUAUGAGCUUGUACAGGUCUUAUAUAUGCUGUCAGUCUCUGAUUUCAUACAUGUGUGUCCUGUUCUUUCAGGGCAGGCCCCAUGCUUAAGAGUAACUGGCUAACAGAUUCCAUAGCUCUGUGGUUUUUAUGUGCUAUUUUGUUUUGUUGUCAUUUUGGUUGGCUGGUUUUGUUUUGUUUUGUUUUGUUUUUGGAAAAUUGGGAGGUUCUGGAAGAGGUUGAGGUGGAGAAAGAAUAUAAUUAAGAUACAUGAAAAAUAAAAAGGUAUCACCUAAGAAAUGAAAAUUAUAGUUACCAUUUCUUCCUUUGAGUCACAGAUGGUGAACAUUUUGGAAGCAUUGAUAGUUUGCUAAUCUGGAGAAAUGGUCCAAUAUUCAACUGGUCGAUACAUAGGAUACAAGGAAUGCUGACAUGCCCACAAUUUUUGCCUCUAACAUAGUGCCUUAUAUUUAAAAGGCACUCAGUUAAUCCAUCUUAAGGAUACACUGAGAACAGCUAGAAGGGUAGGGAAGGAAGAAACAAAAUUAGAAGUCUGUAAUUGUAAACAAAAUUAGAAGUCUGAUAGUCACAUUCUUUUAGUUUAUACUUCUGAGAAAUAGUAGCUAAUUUAGAGUGUUAUAAGCAUUCAUAAAAUGCCUUAGCAACUACGUUGUCAAAGGCCCAAGGGCUACUUUUAAUUUUCUACUUUCCACCUUAACUUCUCACAGUGGCAUUGUUGACAAUGAAACAUUAACUUUGAAUGUUACUUCUGGAAUCCUAUGCCCUAUGUAUUUGCAUAAAGCCCUUUGUUUUUCCUUAUAUUUGUGGAGGGUCUCCCUCUAUAAGAUUGAUUAUAUGUUUUUCUUGUAGCUAGCUUUUAUGUCACUAUAAAAUAAGUUUCUUAACCAGGCAGUAGUAAGUACUAUAUGGAAAGGAACUAAUACACUUCAUGGGUAGCAUUGUGAUGGAGAAAGUGUGAGAUUUUAGACCAAAACCAGCCACUGUGUAGCAAAAGAGAAACUAACUGAAGAAGAUGUAGCAUUGGAUUCCUCUAAGUGUCUCACAAUAUGAUAUUAUGUAAAGAAAUCUUUUUAGAAAUAGAAUCGUAUUCUUAUGUAUAAUUAUUUGAUAAUAAAGAACUUGAUAGAAUAAA